AUACCUUAAUAAUGGCCCUGCUCUCUCAAGUUCAAUGAUUCGUCACACGUACUUGUAUAAUGCGGAGCAGCCCCCCCAGCUGCUGCACCUGUCUCUGCUAAGCUCCCUGCAUCGCCCGCCUGGCUCAUCCUUUGUCACCGCCCAUUCGCCGUCUUCAGAGCUCCAGCCGUCGCGUCGGUGCUCCGUCUUAUAUCCGCUGGAGCUUGGGACCCCGCCUCCGUCAUAAUAAGACGCAGACGCCGUGUCCCUACUCUGUCUGGUCUCCUCUGUGAUCCUCCGAGAGCUCCCUCUCACCUAGAAACGGUGGUAUUACGACUCUUACCAACCAUUUCCGGCUUGACACAUUAGUAUACAUGCUGCGAAAGGCUGUGGUGCUUCUUGCAACUGCAGCGCUCCUGCUAGAGGCACUCCCUCUGGUAGCCGCUCAUGGCGACGGCCAUGGCAGCGAGUCCGGACAUGGCGAAAUGGACAUGCACGAUGCGCCUAACCCGCAGCCUCCCAGUAGCGACGCGCCUCAAAGCUAUUGGAGUCUUUCCGAGCAUGCCGGACUCAUGUACAUGCACAUCGCGCUGUCGGUCGUGGCCUGGUUCUUCGUCUUACCUGUCGGUGUGAUGCUGAGUGUAGCACGCUCUCGGUUUGCGCUUCUUGUGCAGUUUGCUUUUCUCGCCCUCAACGGUUUCGCCUUGCUUCUCGGCGUCGUCUAUAGUCGCAAAACCCCAGAUCUGUACGAGAACAACUCGCAUACCAAGAUUGGUUGGAUCUUCACCUGGGUCGCCUCCGCCUGGCUCCUCCUGGCGAUUGUAGAGCGCUAUGCUGGUCGUAGCAGAGCUUCUGCAAUCGAUUUCGAGGCCAGGCAGCCCAUGACUGCUGCAAACAUGGCCCAAUACGAGCGCGUCCAAAACACCGAGGCCCCCAAUCCUCACCGAUUCUCCAUUGAUUCCGGCCAAGGUACUGAGCCCAAUUCGGCGUCGCUGUUUGGCCAUUCGAGGUCACCCAGCUGCGAGUCCGAGGAUCAGCAGUUCCUGGGACCCACGCGUCGAUACACCGAAGACGACGAAGCUUAUGAUGCUGAAUCCGAGAAGCGUGGCAUUCUGCAGGGCACUGCCGUCGACCGCUUUCUGUCUCGCAACGUUGCCCGUUAUGUUUCUGGGCGCGUCUUGAGGUUCAUCCGAUUCACCUACGUGGUCAUCGAGCGCACCAUCCUGCUGAUGGGUCUAGUUGCUCUGCUGACUGGUACCGUGGUGUACGGUGGCAUUGGCCGUGGGAAUGGAGUGUUCAACGUGCUCGCGCAUUUCAUCAAAGGCGGUAUUUUCUUCGUAUACGGCCUCCUGACUCUGGGUCGCUGGAUGGGCGCCUUUGCAGACUGGGGUUGGGCAUGGAACGUCAAGCCCCCCAAGGAGGUAGUUGGUCGUCGGAGCGCGGCCAUACCUUCGGCCGAGUUCACCGAAUCCUUCGUCAUCUUCCUGUACGGCUCCAUCAAUGUCUUCCUGGAGCAUCUGGCGGCCUGGGGCGAUGCAUGGGCUCCGCAGGAUUUGGAGCACGUGUCCAUCUCGGUGUUGUUCUUUGGUGGUGGCCUGCUCGGCAUGAUCGUCGAAUCGCGCAGGAUGCGAGACUUGCUCAACACUUCGGUGCUUGUCUCGAAGCCGGCGUCGCAGUAUGACGACGAUCGAUGGCAGCAACCACGACAAUACGGCUUCUCCAUGAACCCGAUGCCGGCCUUGGUCAUCCUCCUCCUGGGCAAGAUGAUGAGCUCGCAUCACCAGGCUUCCAUGCUGUCGACCAUGAUCCACACGCAAUGGGGCAGCAUGUUCAUGGGCUUCUCCCUUGCGCGCGCCUUCACCUACAUCAUCAUGUACAUCCGGCAACCGACGUCGUACCUGCCUUCUCGCCCGCCGACGGAAAUCAUCACGUCCUUCUGCUUGGUGGCUGGCGGCAUCACCUUCAUCGUCAGCAACAAGGACACGGUUGCUGCGCUCGAGUCGUACGGCCUUGAUGCCAUGUUCACCUUCACCGUGACCAUGGGCCUGACAGCCAUCCUUCUGGCGUGGGAGACGGUCCUCAUCGCCAUCAAAGGCUGGGCCGUACGCAAGGAAGCUUCGAGUACGUCGUCCAAGAUUCGGAGCGGCGUCCUGGCAUGAACUCGACGAUCCGCUGGGUUCUCUCGGGCCUGCUGGCCUGGAUGGUCGCCGGAAGGGAGAACCAAUGUCCGGACGUCGACAUCAGACGCGUGCGUCAAUGUUGGUGUCCGGUUUGGUUUGCUGCCUCACGGCAGAUUCGUGUUACGUUUCUUUACGCUCUUUGCUUCAUUGAUACCUCGUUUGGCAUUAGCAGUGAUACCCCACUUCUCCUAUUGGA